UCGUCUUCGAUUCACCCCUCCCCGUCGCUGCCCGCCCCCAACUCCCCGUCGCCGUCUCCGGAGCCUCUCGCCCUUUCGCUUUCGCCUUCCAUUUUCCAAUCACCAACCACCACCUCACUCCCCUUAGUUAAUCCCGUCGUUUCGUCAUGCCGCCCCGAGAGUCCCACUCGCCACUCCAAACCCUUUCCCCCCGCCUCGCCUCCCCACCCCGCCGUCACGAUGCCGUCCCCAUCUCCCCGCGUCCUCCCGCUCCUCCUGGUCGUAGUGAUUGCCUGCGCGGCGUCGGAGGUCAGGUGUUCCGAUGGGCGGUUCCCGCACCUCGAGCGCCUCCGCGAGCUCCACCGCCGGGGGAGCUCGCCACCGACCGAGCAGGAGGCCGCCGCGCGCGGGCUUCUCGAGCGCCUCCUCCCCUCACACUCUGCCAGCUUCGAGUUCAGGAUCAUCUCCAAGGAGCAAUGUGGCAGGAAGGCAUGCUUUAUCAUUAACAACCACCCGUUGUUUGAUGGAGAAGGGAGUCCAGAAAUAUUGAUACUUGGAACAAGUGGGGUGGAAAUUUCUGCUGGUUUUCAUUGGUAUUUGAAACACUAUUGUGCAGCACAUAUAUCUUGGUAUAAAACUGGCGGUUCACAGUUAUCAUCCAUUCCGCAUUCUGGGUCACUACCUCGUGUUCCUGCUGGUGGUGUAUCAAUUCGAAGACCUGUUGACUGGAGCUACUACCAGAAUGCAGUUACAUCCAGUUAUUCUUUUGCUUGGUGGGAUUGGGAACGUUGGGAGAAGGAAAUUGACUGGAUGGCUCUUCAAGGAAUCAAUUUGCCUCUUGCUUUCACUGGGCAAGAGGCUAUAUGGCAGAGGGUUUUUCAGAGGUACAACAUUAGUAAAUCAGAUUUGGAUGAUUUCUUUGGUGGGCCAGCCUUUCUUGCAUGGUCUCGAAUGGCUAAUAUGCAUGGAUGGGGUGGGCCUCUUCCUCAGACUUGGCUUGAUGAUCAGCUAGCUCUUCAGAAGAAAAUCCUUUCUAGGAUGUCUGCUUUUGGCAUGUUCCCAGUUCUUCCAGCCUUUUCUGGUAACAUCCCAGCUGCAUUAAAGUCAAAAUUUCCUUCAGCUAAAGUCACUCACCUUGGAAACUGGUUUACCGUUGACAGCAAUCCAAGGUGGUGUUGCACAUAUCUUCUUGAUGCAUCCGAUCCUUUAUUUGUAGAAAUUGGGAAGUUGUUUAUAGAAGAACAAAUCAGAGAGUAUGGUAGGACAAGUCACAUAUACAACUGUGAUACUUUUGAUGAGAACACCCCUCCGAUAAAUGAUCCAAACUAUAUCUCUUCGUUGGGUGCUGCAACAUUCAGGGGUAUGCAAAGCGGUGACAAUGAUGCUACUUGGUUAAUGCAAGGUUGGUUGUUUACAUAUGAUCCUUUCUGGGAGCCCCCACAAAUGAAGGCACUACUGCAUUCUGUUCCAGUUGGUCGAAUGAUUGUUCUUGAUCUAUAUGCUGAAGUGAAACCAGUUUGGAUUAAUUCUGAUCAAUUCUACGGUGUCCCCUACAUCUGGUGCAUGCUUCACAAUUUUGCUGCAGAUUUUGAAAUGUAUGGUGUUUUGGAUGCGGUGGCUUCUGGGCCUAUUGAUGCUCAACUAAGUGAUAACUCCACUAUGGUUGGAGUUGGUAUGUCUAUGGAAGGUAUCGAGCAAAAUCCUAUUGUUUAUGACCUUAUGUCAGAAAUGGCUUUUCAUCACAGACGAGUGGAUCUUCAGGUGUGGGUUGAGACAUAUCCAACACGAAGAUAUGGAAAAUCAGUUAAGGGAUUGCAAGAUGCUUGGUGGAUUUUAUACCAAACUCUAUAUAACUGCACAGAUGGUAAAAAUGACAAAAAUCGGGACGUGAUAGUGGCAUUCCCAGAUGUUGAACCUUUUGUUAUUCAAACACCAGGGUCGUAUACUAGUACUAGAAAAACAUAUUCUGCAUGGUCAUCAACGAAUUACAUUGUGGAGGAUGCUUCCAGUGAUGUAUAUGAACAGCCUCAUCUAUGGUAUGAUACCAGUGUCGUUAUACAUGCCCUAGAGCUUUUUCUUCAAUAUGGAGGUGAAGUAUCUGACAGCAACACUUUCAGGUAUGACCUUGUGGAUUUAACUCGUCAAGUUCUGGCCAAAUAUGCCAAUGAUGUCUUUGUAAUGAUCAUCAAAAGCUACAAGUCAAACAGCAUGAACCAAGUGACCACCCUGUGCCAGCACUUUCUUGACCUUGUGAAUGACCUUGAUACGCUGCUAGCCUCUCAUGAGGGAUUUCUGCUUGGGCCUUGGUUGGAAAAUGCCAAGGGCCUUGCACGAGACCGAGAACAAGAGAUACAGUAUGAAUGGAAUGCUAGAACACAAAUUACAAUGUGGUUUGACAACACUGAAACAAAAGCAAGUUUAUUGCGCGACUACGCAAACAAGUACUGGAGCGGCCUGCUGCGGGGCUACUAUGGACCAAGGGCUGCCAUCUACUUCAAGCACCUGCUAUUGAGCAUGGACAAGAACGAGCCUUUUGCACUGGAGGACUGGAGGAGGGAAUGGAUUAGCCUCACCAACAACUGGCAGAGCGAUAGGAAGCUGUUUCCCACCACGCCCACAGGAGAUGCUCUAAACAUCUCACGGUCGCUUUACAUGAAGUACCUGCGCAGUCCUAAUCUUCUUGAGCUCGAAGUUACGGGCUCCUCUGGGAAGUCUGCAAGCUUAUGAGCUCCUGGUUGUGCGUGCGGUGGUGAACUAGUGAUAAUGGAUCCUGAUGCACUCGAGUUCGGAUUAGCAGCAUUUCCCAUGUAUUUUCUGCAACCGUUAGCAUCCACUCUAGCUAUGUGGUGGGAUCUACCACUCCAUUAUUCUAAAGUAAAUAAAUACCGAUGGAACACCUAAUUUGGCAGAAUAGAAAUGCUUGUUUGAAUGCCCA